GCAGUGACAGAACAGGUCGGAAUUGCCUGAGAAGGCUUCGGACGGUGCCAGUUCCAUACGCGACUGCUGUCAUCGAGCGUCAGUAUGGCUGGUAUCAACAGCGAGAGCUCUAUCAGGAGGCUCAAUAUGUCUGGGAAUGACUUUUAAGCGAAGUCUUUCGUUUCAUUCGGCUGAGCUGUGGAACUGGCAUGCUCAUUUGCGUACGCCACCGGUGCAGGUGGUGUGUAAGCAACAUUUCCCGCCUGCUCAGUGGGAGCGGAGCGAUUCAUCUGCCCUCGGUUGUUAGGGUCUUGCGCCUCCAUCGUCUUGCGCUGCCGGCCGGCCUCCUCCUUCUUGGCUGCGUACCGCUACUGCGGCUGCUGCCUAAAUAUGCAGAGGCCCGACAGCAGGGGAUGGCAAACGCCAGCGGCAUAGUUAUCGUGCGUGCCGAACAACUCGAGACAUUUGAGCGUUUGCAAAAUGCGCGACCGAACCAAUCCAGAUCGGCCUGCGGCCAUUUAUGCCGCCGUAACCUACUGAAUCGGGCGAUGAGUGGUUGUCAAAGUCGGCCAAAAGGAAGGGGACAGCGAAAUUGGUAGAUGCCCUUAGCAAAUGCGGAUGCAAGAGAGUAAGCAUACGUCAAUAUUCAGCUUGCUCCCACGCUCGAAAGACAGGAAAUCGACAUGAUCGCCCCACAGAGAUCGAGUUGCCGUGGAGCGGCUCCACUCCGAAGUCGCAAGCUUCAAUACGAGCGGCAUGAACUCUUGAAAUGCGCGAGAAAACGCA